AUGUUCAGCUACAACCAGUUUCAGAGUCAUCUGGAAGUGGCUAAAGCUCGCUGGGAAAAAUUGCAGGUCAACAAUCAAACUGGAAAAGUGAACAUUGAUGGAGACAGCCUGACCAUUGCCGACGUGGUCGCAGUUGCCAAAUCUGGCUGCCGUCCUCAUCUCACGAAGGACCCUGAGAGAAUCGCGAGCAUCAACAGAAGCGUCAGCGUUUUGACUGACCGUUUGGCCCAUGGAGAAUUCAUUUAUGGGGUCAACACCGGCUUCGGAGGAAGCGCGGACUCGCGAACUACCCAAGUAUUCACGUUGCAGAAAUCCCUCUUGCAGUUCCUUCAGAGUGGUAUCUUAACAGAGGGUGACAUCGGGGAUGAGGGGUCUGCACUGGAAAGCCAUUCCAUGUCGCCUGAAUGGGUGAAAGCAACCAUGCUGGUCCGCAGCAAUUCUGUCGCUAGAGGUCACUCGGCUGUAUCCGUGGCUUCUAUCAAGGCAAUAUUACGCUUGAUCCGUCAUAGAAUAGUCCCCGUGGUGCCUCUUCGCGGUACCAUUUCGGCCUCCGGAGAUCUGAUGCCUCUCGCUUACAUUGUUGGAGCUGCUGAAGGAAACCCUGGAAUAUUUGUGCAGGUUGGCAAGAGCCCUGACCAUCGGUUCCUUACCGCACAGCAAGCUCUCAAAUCACAUAAAAUCCCAGGAAUCACCCUAGGUCCGAAGGAGGCGCUUGGACUUGUCAAUGGAACUGCGGCGGCUGCUGGCUUGGCUAGUCUUGCCUUGUAUGAGGCCCAUCAGCUUGCCGUUCUGUCCCAGGUCGUGACAGCACUUACUGUGGAGGCUCUCGCCGGCUCAAAGAACAGCUUCCAUCCAUUCAUUCAUCUGACCCGUCCCCACGAGGGCCAGAUGGAGGCUGCCACUAACAUCCUCGCCGUGCUUCAGGGGUCUUCCCUGGUGAAGGGAGAUGAAGCAAUGCAGACAAAAUAUGCCGGUUUGAUUCAGGAUCGAUAUUCCAUCAGAACAGCUGCCCAAUGGAUUGGCCCCCAGCUGGAGGACCUCGCGCUCGCCGAUCGCCAGAUCGAUGUAGAGUUGAAUUCCACUACCGACAAUCCCUUGAUCGACAGCUCGGCGUCCAGAUACUACUGUGGCGGAAAUUUCCAAGCUACUUCGGUGACAUCAGCGAUGGAAAAGACUCGUUUGGCACUGCAGAUGUUGGGUAAACUGCUUUUUGCACAGUGUACCGAGAUGAUAGACCCUGGUCUGAGUAAUGGUCUGCCGACCAACCUGGCCGCUGAUGAGCCCAGUGUGUCCUUUACUAUGAAGGGAGUCGAUGUCAACAUGGCUGCGUACAUGUCGGAAUUGGCCUAUCUCGCGAACCCGGUCAGCUCCCAUGUCCAGACUGCCGAGAUGCAUAAUCAAGCCGUGAACUCCCUGGCUUUUGUGACCGCACGGUACACUAUGAAAGCGGUUGAUCUGGUUUCCAUGAUGGCCGCAAGCUCCCUGUAUGUGGUGUGCCAGGCCCUUGACCUGCGUGUUCUGCAGUUGAAUUUUUACGAGAAACUGGACUCGGUUCUUCUUGGGGCAAUGAAUUUUGCUUUUAAUGAUUUUCUCUCCGCAGAUGAAAUAGAGGGGCUGUUCAAACAGAUUGCCGUUUCCAUUCAGACUACUUGGCCCGUGACCUCCCGCCUGGACAUCGGACAGCGUUGCCGUUAUGUUGUCGAUAAUUCCUUGCCCGUAGUGGUGAGAGAGCUCGCCAGGAUCCCUCCGACUAGCUAUCCCGAAGUGAACCGUCUCGUCAAAAUCGACCAGUGGAGAGAACUCGCGGCCCACAAUCUGGCCUUGACUUACAAGGAGGUGUUUGAUGAGUUCUGUGAAGAGCCGAAUACCCAUGACUACAUGGGCCUUGGAUCGAAGCUGGUGUAUGUGUAUAUCCGGCGUCAGCUGGGUAUCCCAUUCCAUCAAGGCAUCAUCGAGGACCUGUCGUGCGACGAGAACGUGGCGAAUUCCCUCAACGGAAGAGAGAAAAAGACUAUUGGAGCCUGGAUCUCGAUCAUCUAUGAGGCGUUGCGUAAGGAUCAUAUGACUGGUAUCCUUCUCGGUGCACUGCUCGCUCGCGUGGAGGAUUAG